AGGUACCUCUCGCGAGCGAACCACCCCUAAAGUGCAUCGCGGGAGGUAGCUCGGACACUCAUAACAAUCAUAACAACGGGAUCUCGCGAGUAACUCGUGGACCACCUCCGCGCAUCGUACCGCCCAACGUACCGCCCCUAUUACCCCUUCUAUGCCGACUACUGCCAGGCGGGAGAAUCGUCACGGCGGGUUGUCUUCCCUCGGUCGUACAGCGGUGCCACUACGCAGCCAGACUGCGGACCGUCAGGGUUCAGGUCCGAGUUUUCGCGGCGAGCUCCAACCGCGCAACGUGCACGACCACGCUGCCAAGCAAGAACGGCACGAGGAGAAGAGUGGAUCGUCUGUUUUCACUGAGACACCGAAUCCGCAGCAAGAUCUGGAUCUUCGCUCGCAGUGUUGAUCGUGGAACGAGGAAAAAUUGUAUUCCGAAUUGGAAGAGAAAUUGGAGCUAAAAGACAGUCGGGGAAGAUCGAAUCGAGCAGGCAACGUCUCCUUCGAAAGCGUCGCACCUCUUGACGUGUCGUUAAAUAGCUAGUGUUUGUGAAACUAAGUAGUGAUUGAGAAGUUUGAGCGUGCAGUUGCAUGCGCCGAUUUAUCCGGCCUAUCAGCACGUGGCCCAUAGGGGUGGGAUUUCUUUUAAGUCUGCGCUUCGUGGACAGUUGAGCGUGGUGAACUCUGUGACAUUGACCAGUGAAAUGUGUGAUUAAAGCAUUUCUGGUUAGAUAAACUUAAAACGUUAACUCUUUUGACAAUCGUGUUAUUUCAUUAAGCUGUUUCAAAUCAAGGUGAUUGCUUCGAUUUACUCCGCACUUAUCGAACAUAAAUUAGGAGUAAGUGUGUGGGAAUUGGUUAAAUUGCAUUAAGUGCACACAGAAUAGAUGAGAUAAAAUUAAUUAAUACGAAGGUAAAGAAAUCUUGACAAUUUUGACGUAAGAAGUCCAGAUUAAUCUACCAAUUCCGAGAAGAGAUACGCGUUCUUAAAUAGCAUAUUCAGCAUUGUCAACAUUGUCGUUGAAUAUAAGAAAGCGAUGAAACAAGGACUCCGGCUUUAAUAAGUUUCUAAUUAUCGCGACAAGUACGCUGAUAAUUACGAUACGCGCGUGAUCAUCGCGUGAGCACAUAGGUGUUUUUCAACACAAAAUUAUAUGUUACGGACAACAACUACGAAGUGAACGGCUUGACGCGCACAAAUAGAAUAAUUAAAACCACAUUACGUGAAAAGGUGUGCUAUCUGCCGAUUAUCUGCAUUGUGACGCGGUGGAGCAGUGUCAGAGGAUCAAAUCACUAAGUUAUCAUUCCGAGGUAUCCCGAUCAUCCGGAAUAGCUAGAAAACGGCUCGAAGACGUCUCGCCUUCCGAAACUUCUUUCAACUAAUCGCUCACGCGGGAACAAGAGGAGAUUGAAUCGACCAAAGCAGCAUUUUAUCGAGCUGCGAGCAAUUAAGUAUUUGUUUCUUAAUCGCUUCUAAUUAGCCACAAUUACCCGCUGUAAUUAAAUAGGCUGAUGUCAUCGGGGACCGAUGUGAAUCGUUCGUUUCUUCGAGACUGAUCUUACUAUCCGAAUAAACUAUUAAUAUUCGCCGAGAGGAAAAUUACCGAGAGAUCGACAAGAGAAACAGUAGAAGAAAGAGAUCUUUGGAGAGAAUUUGAAACGAGACGUGUCUUGGUGUAAGCGUGGCAUCGACUAGAACGAGAAAGGAAUAGACAUUAGGCUGUUGAUCGACGAGAUCGGCACAAGAUCCCGCGAACGGAAUUGCACCGUGGAGAAGAUAAAUAAUCGCCGCUAGAUAAACCCGCGUCAGGACGACGUCCCAAAUACAUCAGUCACAGAUCGCCUCAGAUUACGAGUCCCCGGGAUGCAAGGCUGACAUGGCGGAGGGUUCGGCCGAGGAGGAACAGAGCAGUACCGCUGCGCCCGCUUCCCCGCCAGCUGAUCUUCGCACUCUGAACACCCAAUUGUCGCCGCCUUAUCACCACCAGCCCCAUCUCCAGCCUCGUCUUCAGCAUCUGCAGCAUUCCAACAUGCUCGCGACCGCCGUACCGCCCCGGCACAGCCACAUGCUGUCUCAUCAGGUGAAAGCGGAGGCAGAGCUGGACGGCCCCUGCGAUGUGCCAUUGAAUCUCAAGAGCGAGGACAGCGAUAGGAGUAGCGCUGGAAGUCCCGAACCGGCGACAGGUGGUGGUGCGCUUCACGAACAUCAAAUGAUGAUAGAUGACAUAAAGAAUUCACGAAAGAGACGACGGAGCCCAUCACCCGAAAAUCUUCAUCAAGCGAAACGUGCGGCGGUUGCACAAGCUCAUCUAAACGGAACGAUGGCCGGUAUGGUGACACUUCAGAAUCUCCAGAACUUAGCGAAUUUGCAAAAUCUUCCACAAGUUGCGUCAUUGGCCGCUGGUCUUCAAGGGAUGACGGCGGGAUUGACUAAUAAUCAGUUAAUCAAUACUCCUUUGAAUCUGACUGUCAGCUCGUCAGGUGGAACGAUACCAACAGCCUCGAGUACGACAGCGGCUCCCCACCUUCUGCCACCUAGCUCGGCUCCAAUGGCGACGUUACCUCAGCUAUUAUCUCAACCACAACCGGUUGCAAUGCCUCAAUUCAUCCUAACGUCCGGUCAAUUGGUUCAGGGCAUUCAAGGGGCUCAGCUUCUUAUCCCCACUUCACAAGGGAUCGCUACGCAAACCAUUUUGACCAUACCAGUCAGUCACGUCACGAAUAAUCAAAUGGUAAAUUUGGCGCUCAGUAAUGGACAAGUAGUUUCUACGACACUGGCGAAUCUUCAGUCUCUAGCUCAACCACAGAAUAUGCUUAAUACGCCUACGAGCAAUGUUCCCACGAGCCCCAGCCUGGCAUCGGGAUUAGGACUGAACCCUGCUGCUUUGCCGCAUCUUCUGAGCAAUAGCUCGGCAAGCCAACAACUUCUGAACGCGAUGCAGCCUCAGCAACUGCUCCAGGCUGCCCAAGCGGCACAGGCGCAAGCGGCGCAGGCUGUACAGGCCGUUCAGGCUUCUCAGCAACCACUUCUAACGACAUCGCCUCAACAGCACAGCCACCGACACACCUCGCAUAUGAAUCAUUACACACCAACGGAAAAACAUCACAGGGAACGACCGGAGCAGUCGUCGCCUUUGAACGAAUCUGUCGUGUCCGCCGCAUCCGCCUUGAACAGAUUGGCCGCCAGCAACGGCGAGAUUACCAUCACGACAACGCAUGGACCAGGCGGUGUCGGACUAAAAGCUUCCCCGAGCAAUAUGCAUAGCCCGAAGGAAGAGGAGGAUGAUCUCCUGAACGAUUCACCGAACCAACCAACGAUCAAUGAAGCCACUAACAAUGUGGUCGAUGGGAUCAAUUUGGACGAGAUCAAGGAGUUCGCGAAAGUCUUUAAGCUGCGUAGACUAUCGCUGGGUCUGACACAGACCCAGGUCGGGCAGGCCCUGAGCGUCACCGAAGGACCCGCAUACAGCCAAAGUGCCAUAUGCAGUGCCCUGGCUACCCAGAUGUACGCUGCCUCGCAGAUUGCCUCUCAGCAGCAAGCUACAUUCGAAAAGCUGGACAUUACGCCGAAAAGCGCGCAGAAAAUUAAGCCGGUCCUCGAAAGGUGGAUGAAGGAGGCAGAAGAGAGUGCAUCUGAUUCCAGGUACAAGAGCGGCGUUAAUCAUCUGACGGACUUCAUCGGGGUAGAACCGAGCAAGAAGCGAAAACGACGGACCUCCUUCACCCCUCAAGCUUUGGAACUGCUGAACGCACACUUUGACAGAAACACUCAUCCCACCGGUAAUGAAAUCACGACUCUAGCGCAUCGACUAGGAUACGAUAGGGAGGUGAUAAGAAUCUGGUUCUGCAAUAAGAGGCAAGCUUUGAAGAACACGGUGAGGAUGAUGUCGAAGGGCGUCGUAUAGGGAAGGACUACAUCUACCGAUCAACCGAGCAACAUUUGAGACAAGCUUCAAGCUGAAGCGAGCGAUGAGGAACACGUUCCGUGAACUUUUUCAAAUCUCGCGUUUCUUCUAGUAAUAUAUAAAUAAAUUGAAUCGCGCGUGAGAGAACGACUUUUCUGUGAUUCAUUACGGAACAGCAAAGGAAAAAGGUAUUCAUAUAUAUAAACCCGCAGAAGAAAUACCGCAGUUAUGAAAUUUCGAAAAUCCGACACACGGAAAGAUCGUUCUAGAUCGAGGCGAGGUCCUUCGAAUAUUGUGAUCGCAGGUGUAUACGACAUCUAUAUGUAAAUAGCUUUAAUCUACGAAUAUGUGAUGUAUACAUGAGUCGAAUAUCGAAAACUGAUAAUCUAAAA